UUUGACAUUUGCAGCGGUGACGUGUGACAAUACCAUUUUUCUUCGAUAAUAUUCGGCGAUUUUACAGUUAAGAAAACAUGGAAUUAUUCAAGUUUUCAUCGUUUUUAGCUUUAUUCCUCUUAUUAGACGUUACAUCUGCUUUAUAUUUCCACAUAGCAGAGGGCGAGAGGAAAUGUUUUAUAGAGGAAAUACCUGAUGACACUACCGUACUCGUGAAUUAUAAGGUGGAACUGUACGACCCGCGGUCGGGCGGUUUCAUGCCUUCUUCGCCUGGUAUUGGUAUGCACGUGGAAGUAAGAGAUCCUAACGACCGUGUCGUGCUGUCGAGGAUGUACUCUUCGGAGGGCAUGAUCUCCUUCACGUCGACCACGCCGGGCGAGCACGUCAUCUGCAUGUACUCCAACAGCACAUCUUGGUUCAGUGGCUCACAAUUAAGAGUGCACUUGGACAUUCAAGUGGGUGAACAUGCAGUGGACUAUGCAAAUGUGGCUCAGAAGGACAAGCUGUCGGAACUCCAGCUCAGGAUCAGACAACUCCUCGACCAAGUGCACCAGAUCACUAAGGAACAGAGCUAUCAAAGACACCGUGAGGAGCGUUUCAGGCAGACGUCAGAGAGCACAAACCAGCGAGUUUUGUGGUGGAGUUUGCUGCAGACUGGUGUCCUUGUCGGCAUUGGCUACUGGCAGAUGAGACAUCUUAAGAGCUUCUUCGAAGCCAAGAAAUUAGUCUAAAUUAAAUUAUUAUACUUUAUUUAAUUAUUAAAGUUGUGCUAUCACAUUGUCCUAAGUAUUUUUCCAACCUGCAAUAGUCUUUAUGUUCAAUGAACUUUUGUAAAUGAUCUGUUUUUUCCAUUAAAGAAAACAAAUUUGUAA